CCGGGGCCAAUCACAGUCCGCCAACUGUGUGUAGAGUCAGCAGGUCGCUCUCCUCCACCCUGUACAGUCAUUAACUCGCCUCACUCGCUCCUACACUCAUUUACUCGCCUCACUCGUCAAAUCUGCGUGUUGAGGAGUUAUCUGUCCCCUCUAUAAAUAUGAAUUGGCUCAUUGGGGCGGUGUUGGUAGUUGCAAGCUUUUCUGCAGCUACAGCGCUAAAACCGGGGGAAUGUGAAGUUUGUGUGAGCUUCUUGGAGAGGUUCAGUUCAUCCCUGUCAUCUGAUGAAAAGACAGAUCCCAAAAUGAUUGAAGAAAGAUUUAGAGAAACUUGUACAGAGUCUAAAAGUAAAGAAAAUCGCUUCUGCUACUACAUUGGAGGAUUGAAAGAGUCUGCCACGGGCAUCUUGGGAGAAAUGUCCAAGCCAAUGUCAUGGGGGAUGCCCAUGGACAAGAUUUGUGAAAAACUAAAGAAGAUGGAUGCACAAAUUUGUGACCUCAGAUAUGAGAAGCAGAUUGAUCUAAACAAUGUGGAUUUGAAGAAGCUCAAGGUGCGGGACCUCAAGCGGAUUCUGAAUGAUUGGGACGAGUCCUGUGAUGAUUGUUUAGAGAAGGGAGACUACAUCAAAAGGAUCGAACAUCUAAAGCCAAAGUACAUGCGACGUGAACUGUAAUGAGGAUAGAAGUAGGAAGACUGAGAACCUAUUGUUUCAUAUUUAUUUUUGUGAAUGGCAUUUUAGACUUGGUGAACUUAUAAAAAAAAGUGGAAGAACAGUACUGUAUGGUGAAAAAACUGAAGCAUUGUGUACUAAGUGUUCAUUGUUCAAGGGUGUGGAAGUGGAUGUUGGCAUCAUGAUUUUCAGUGCAUUAGCUGUUAAUAUUUAAUAACUAAUUUGUUCACAACUUUUGAUCAACUUCUCAUUUGAAUAGUUAACAAAUUGUGCAGCGUUGAUUGGAAUUUUUCCUUUAAACAAGUUAUUUUGCUGAAGAUUUAUAUCGUAUAUAUUUCUUUGCAGUGUUACCAAGAACAUGAAGAUACAGUAACUAAUGGAUUCUUGAAUUACAGCAUUUAUAUAUUGUGUAAACUCUCCUUUUGUAAAAUUUAUCAGCUCUUGAUAUGAAAUUAUUGCAUAUGCUGACACCUGUGACUUGAUCUUCACACAGUAAUUUGCUUCAGUUAGUUUUUGUUGAAUAAAUCUGCUUGUCUGCAGUUGAAUAUUAUCUUUAAUUUCUCAGUAGCACAAACAAGUCAACAACACUGGAGAUUAUUUUGUGGAUUUUGUAAACGUUGUUAAUAAAUCCUUUUGUAAAA